AUGUUAUAUUGAUAGAAUAUUUUAUUUUUAAUUUUAUUAAUUAAAAUUUUAAUUUUAACAAUCAUAAAUACCAGAGCCAAAGUUCCGGCCAUCAUAGUGUUUGGAGACUCCUCCGUCGAUUCGGGAAACAAUAACGUGAUUUCCACAGUUCUGAAGAGCAAUUUUCAGCCUUAUGGUCGUGAUUUUUACGGUGGUCACCCGACUGGACGCUUCUGCAAUGGCCGAAUACCUCCUGAUUUCAUCUCUGAGGCUUUUGGACUCAAGCCAGCUGUUCCAGCUUACUUGGAUCUAGCCUAUAACAUAUCAGAUUUUGCCACUGGAGUUUGUUUUGCCUCUGCUGGAACUGGCUACGACAAUGCAACCUCCAAAGUGCUUAAUGUGAUACCACUAUGGAAGGAAUUAGAGUACUACAAGGAAUACCAACAAAAACUGAGAGCCUAUGUUGGUGUGAAGAAGGCAAAUAAAAUUAUGAGGGAAGCCUUGUACUUGAUGAGCUUAGGGACGAACGAUUUCCUAGAAAAUUACUACAUUUUUCCCACCCGAAAAUCCCAGUUCUCAGUGAGACAAUACCAGGGUUUCCUGUUGGGACUUGGUGAGAAUUUCAUCAGGGAACUCCACGGUCUUGGAGUUCGGAAGCUGUCCAUCACAGGCCUUCCUCCAAUGGGGUGUUUGCCACUGGAGAGGGCCACGAAUAUCCUGGGUCAAAAUGAAUGUGUCGCUGAAUACAACAAUGUGGCUCGGGAAUUCAACAGGAAAUUGGCAGGAUUGGUGGCUAAGCUGAACAAAGAGCUUCCUGGAAUGCGAAUGGUGUCUGCACCUGCUUACGACAUUUUCUAUCAAAUUAUUAGCAGACCCUCACUCUUCGGAUUUGAGGUGGCAGGAUUGGCUUGCUGUUCAACAGGGACAUUUGAAAUGAGUUACCUUUGCAGUCAGUUUAAUCCAUUUACAUGUAGUGAUGCCAAUAAGUAUGUAUUUUGGGAUGCUUUCCAUCCUACCGAAAAAACAAACAAAAUCAUCUCCGAUCAUCUCAUUCCAGGUCUUUUAGCUAAGUUUUCUCAUUGA